AAGUGCACGACAACCAACCCGUGUCUCUCAAACCAAGAGUGUAUAUUCAGCGGAACUGGCGGUGGAUUCUGUGUCUGUCCGCGAGGUUUCCGACUCUCGUUGGACGGUCUCUGCGAAGACAUCAACGAGUGCUUAGAAGAGCCGCAGAUUAUAUGCUCGAGAAAUGCCAGCUGUCAUAACCUUUUGGGUUCUUAUGAAUGCAAAUGUUUGAAUCAAUACGAAGGCGACCCCUAUAGAGAGGGCUGUCGUCUUAUUCCACCCCCAUAUAGAGGCUGUAGAGCCGACUCUGACUGCGCCCUCACCAAGAAAUGUGACUUCGGUUCCGGAGAGUGCUAUGAUCCGUGCUCUGCGACCACUGUCGUGACGGGUGUGAAGGGAUAUUCGGUGGCCGAAUACAAGUGCGGCCAAAAUGCCAUUUGCAGAACAGAGAACCAUCAGUCCGACUGUUACUGUCCGCCCGGACACGAAGGAAAUCCAUUCAAACUGUGUUUCAAAAAAAUCGUUUGCGGUAUUGACUAUCACUGUCCCGGAAAUCUCAUCUGUUUGGACAGCAAUACAUGCGGUUGUCCGCCAAACUUCUUCCGCGAAAACGACUACUGUUUCAUAAAGUCUGAGAACUGCACGACAACUAAUCCGUGUCCACUCAACGAAGAGUGCGUCUACACCGGAACCCGAAGCGGCUUUUGUGUCUGUCCUCACGGCUACGAAUUACAUCCGAGCGGUGAAUGUAUCGAUUUGAAUGAAUGUCUUCACGUCCAGUGCGGCUCCGGUGCCAUCUNUUACAUCCGAGCGUGCGGCUCCGGUGCCAUCUGUAACAAUAAGCCGGGCGGCUAUGAGUGCAGCUGUCCCGUCGACUCCAUCGGCGAUCCAUACGUCAAGGGGUGCACUAGUAUUGAAGGCUGUCGUGCCGUCGAUGACUGCGCUAAUGAUAGAGAGUGUGACUUAGGAAGCAAACAGUGUAUAAGUCCGUGUUAUAUAUGUGGACCGCAUUCUGAGUGCACAGCCCGUGACCACAAAGCCAUCUGCACGUGUCCUAAAGGCCGUAUUGGCGAUGCUUACGAUAAGAGUGUCGGCUGUUAUGUAGAGCCAGAAAUCCCGGUCGAGUCACGAACAAUACCCCCGCCGUCAGAGAUUUUGGUGAUGUGUUUGGCUGAUGGCGUGCAGGUGUCGGUCCAAUUGGACAGAUUUGACGGCAUUCUGUACGUGAAGGGUCACAGUCAAGACCCUCAAUGCCGACGAGUGGUGACCAGCAAUGAAGGCGAUUCCGUUGAUUUCAAAGUGCUGUUCGGUCACUGCGGGCUCAUCCAUGUGGACGGCGAGGCGUCGUUUGUGCUAAUCAUCCAAAAACAUCCCAAAUUAGUCACAUUCAGAGCGCGAGCCUAUCAUAUAAAGUGUGUCUACAAUACCGAAGAGAGGACUAUAACGUUGGGCUUCAACGUCAGUAUGAUUACAACGUCGGGCACAAUCGCCAACACCGGUCCGCCGCCCACUUGUAUUCUCUCCAUCUGUACUCUGGAGGGCAAAGAGAUCAAUAGCGCAGAGAUCGGCGACGACCUGUUGCUCAAAGUGGACGUCCAGCCGGACUUUAUUUACGGCGGUUUCGCCAGAAGUUGUGUCGCGAAGACUAUGGAAGACGACGGAGAGUUCCACUACGAGGUGACGGACGCCAACGGCUGCGCCACCGAUCCCAGCAUUUUCGGCAAUUGGGAGUACGACCCGCACGGGAAGUCACUCACAGCCCGUUUCAACGCUUUCAAAUUCCCGUCGAGUAAUAAUUUACGAUUUCAGUGCAAUAUACGGGUCUGUUUCGGCUCCUGUCCGCCCGUCAACUGUGACGGCGUCGACGCUUACGGCCGCCGCAAACGCCGUCAGAUCAGUGAUGAAGAUCUAGUUCUUAGCGACGCUUUCAAAGAGGGCGCUCUUCGGGAGGAGAUUAUGGUUCAGUCAAACGCCAUCCUGACCUUUGAGAAGCGAGAUCCGCAGCCAUCGCUUCCCGUACAGAGCGGUCCCAAGAUUGAAGACAUAGAGCACUGUCAAAACCCGUGCAAUUUGUUUGGCGCCUGUGGUGUGAACGCUGUCUGCAAACCCUUAAAUCACGACAGAGUCUGCACUUGUAUUCCCGACUUUACUGGAGACCCGAAAGCGCUUUGCGAACGGAUAUUACCGCCACCCGAGUGCACGUCUGACCCCCAGUGCCCUCUCGAACACAUUUGCCAGAAUCAGAGAUGCAGUUACGGAUGCAGAACAUCAGGUCAUUGUCCCACCGAUAAGGCCUGUAUUAAGAGUAAGUGUACCAACCCUUGUGGUCAUAGCGGCGCCUGUGGUAAGGAAGCCAUCUGUCAGUCGGCCAAUCACGUGGCCAUUUGCAGCUGUCCCAGUGGUUAUAGAGGCGAUCCCGAUGUCGAGUGCAAAGAAAUUCCUCCGGAAUGUAGAGGUGAUGACGAUUGUGGUCUCGAAAGGAUUUGUUUGAAACAGAAAUGCAUUGUCGGGUGUCGAAUGCACAACAACUGUCCCUUCGAUAAGGCGUGUGUGAAUGGCUUCUGUCAGAGCCCGUGCAGUAUAGGAGGCAUGUGUGGCGUCAAUACCAUAUGUAGAGCCGAGAAACACGAGGCCCAGUGCUCUUGUUUGCCCGGAUAUACAGGCGAUCCUCUCAGACAGUGUACCAAAGUGUCGGUCGAGUGCGAAGUGGAUAAAGACUGCGGAAAUGGUUACGUUUGCGCCAAUCAAGAGUGCAAAGACAUCAACGAGUGUUUGAAAGAGCGCGUGCCCUGCGGUCCCGGUGCCAGUUGUACCAAUUUACCAGGAUGGUUCAAGUGCUCCUGUCCCAUGUCACUGGUCGGUGACGCUUACGGCCCGGUGGGCUGUAGAGCUCCCCUUCCCGUCUGUUUCCAGGACUCCGAUUGUAAGGACGAACAGAAAUGCAAUCCCGUUACUCAAGAGUGCUAUGAUAUCUGUUCCCGACCGGGAGUGUGCGGUAAGGGAGCCAUUUGUAAAGCAGUCAAUUCGAAGUCCGAGUGUUUGUGUCCAGCGGGACAUCGCGGCAAUCCAUAUGUCGAGUGCUCUAUCCGUGAUUCGUGUAAUAACAACGGCGACUGUCCCGGGAAUCUCAACUGUUUGGGUGACUUCUGCAGUUGUCCCAAACCGUUCCAACAAUUAUCCUCUUUCUGCAUACUAACGAGUGUCAACUGUUCGACAAGCAAUCCUUGCCCUCAAAACCAGGAGUGUGUCCACAGUCUGAGCAAUGAUUUGACCGGUUUCUGUAUCUGUCCGCGAGGUUUCGUUCUCACAUCCGACGGCUUCUGUCGAGAUAUCAAUGAAUGCGAUCAACAGACCUUCCCGUGCGGUCCCGGAGCCAUCUGUACCAACACUAUCGGCAAUUUCAAGUGUUCGUGUCCUCCGCAC